AUGGAAUCUGGAUCAGUUAUUGGUAAAAAUAUUGAUUUUAAUCCAAAACGUAGAACUACGGUUAUUGUACAUGGACUGGGAAGCAACAGUCAUGAAUUCUAUUUAAAGACUUUAGUUGAUCAAUUGCUUUUAUGGAGAGAUAUGAACGUUAUUGUAUUAGACUGGCAGUCGGGCUCCUCCUUGAACUUACAAAAUUUAUUCUUUUAUCCACAAACAGCAGUCAACUCUGAGUAUGCAGCUAUAGUACUCAAAAACCUUUUUGUGAAACUCCGUCAAGUAAGUGGCGUACCACCACGCUCUUGGCGACGUGUGCAUUUUAUUGGUCACAGCCUCGGUGCUCAUGUAGUUGGACAAGCUGCCGAAAUGUUGAAAAGAGAAAAUUUUAUCAUCGAUCGAGUAACUGGCCUUGAUCCCGCUGAACCUUGCUUUCGUGACGUUAAUUCACCUUUACGAAUGAGAAGCUCUAAUGCACGAUUGGUUGAUGUUAUUCAUACGGAUGGAGCUAGGACACCAAACGAAAGAUUUGGAUUACUUGAUCAAUUAGGACAUGUCGAUUUCUACGUUAAUGGAGGUAGUAUACAACCUGGAUGCCAAGAACUUUUUCAACCUACAAGAUUUCUGAACAUUAUUAAAAUGUUUGAGCAUGUAAUCGAAAAUGGAUCUUGUCACCACAAUAGAGCUUUCAACCUCUUUCUUGAAACGGUGAUCCAAGACAGGGAGAAGAAAUGUAGAUUUUGGGCACAUCCUUGGUCUUUGGGAACUAAUCAAUUGCAAACUUCUCGAAUUUUAAACGUACGUUGCAAUGUGACCAACUGUGUUGAAAUGGGAAUAAAUGCCGAAUUAUGGAUUUAUCGGCAAAAAGUAUCGUAUUAUGUGGAAACGACGGGUGCUUCACCGUACUGUAAUGUUAGGAAUUAG